AUGACGACAACCUGCAAGCAUACCUUGGGUUCCUGCGGCAUCGUGGCCUUGAUCUUCUUAUCUGCCGCGCUUGUUUCAGCUCAGCUUUCCACUGAUUUCUACGACGAAACCUGCCCCGACGCUCUGGACAUCAUCGAGGACGCCGUGCGAGCCGCCGUCUCCAAAGAGUCUCGCAUGGGAGCGUCGUUGCUGCGCCUCCACUUCCACGACUGUUUUGUCAAUGGCUGUGACGGGUCAGUGCUGCUCGACGGCGCCACCGGCGAGAAGAACGCGGUGCCCAACAAGAGCUCCCUUCGCGGCUUCGAGGUGGUCGACGACAUCAAGACGCAGCUCGAGGAGUCCUGCGCCAAGGUCGUGUCCUGUGCCGACAUCCUCGCCGUCGCCGCCCGCGACUCCGUCGUCGCCCUGGGAGGCCCCACGUGGGACGUGGAGCUCGGCCGGAGGGACGGCUCGACGUCUAGCCAGGACGCCGCGAACACCGACCUCCCGGCGCCAACCUCCGACCUCGGCGCCCUGAUCAAGGCCUUCUCCGACAAGGGCCUCACCGCCAAGGACAUGGUCACGCUCUCCGGCGCGCACACCAUCGGCCAGGCCCGGUGCGUCAACUUCCGCGGCCGCCUCUACAGCGAGAACGCCACCCUCGACUCGACGCUCGCCACGUCGCUGAAAACGAAAUGCCCGUCGACCGGCAGCGACGACACCACCUCGCCGCUCGACCCCUCCACGUCCUACGUCUUCGACAACUUCUACUACAAGAACCUGCUGCGCAACAAGGGCCUGCUGCACUCGGACCAGCAGCUGUUCAACGGUGGCUCCGCAGACGCGCAGACCACCGGGUACGCGUCCGGCAUGGGCGCCGGCUUCUUCGACGACUUCCGUGUCGCCAUGGUGAAGAUGGGCGGCAUCGGCGUUGUCACCGGAACCAGCGGCCAGGUCAGGGUGAACUGCAGGAAGGCAAACUGAAGUAUCUGCCAUUGAUCGAUCAGUGUGUUGUUUGUGUCGCGUGUGUUCUCCACAGUUUCUUCCUGUGUGGUGAUUCAUGUAGUCUGCUUCGAACGGUUGCAGUACUACGUCACAGGAAGAUAU